CCACCUCCUCCUCCUCCUGCUGCUGCUGCCGCCUCCGCGCGCCGCCGCCUCGCCCCCCGCCCGCCGCCGCCGACGAGGUUGCUAUGGACGACAUCAUCACCCACCGCACCGUCGACGCCAACGGCCUGCGGAUGCACGUGGCGGAGGCCGGCCCGCCAGGCGCCGGCGCCCCCGCGGUGCUGCUGCUGCACGGGUUCCCGCAGGCGUGGUACGCCUGGCGCCACCAGAUGCGGGCGCUCGCCGCCGCGGGGUACCGCGCCGUGGCCCCCGACCUUCGGGGCUACGGGGGCUCCGACGCGCCCCCCUCCGAGCAGCACUACACGGCGAUGCACGUCGUCGGCGACCUCGUGGCGCUCCUCGACGCCGUCGUCGGCGUGGGGGAGCCGGUGUUCGUGGUGGCGCACGACUGGGGCGCGCUCACCGCGUGGAACCUGUGCCUGUUCCGGCCGGACCGGGUGAGGGCGCUCGUCGCCCUCAGCGUCGCCUUCACCCCCCGGAGCCCCGCGAGGAAGCCCGUCGACGGCCUGAGGACUAUCUACGGCGACGACUACUACGUCUGCCGCAUCCAGGAGCCUGGAGCGAUCGAAGCUGAGUUCGCGCGGCUGGGCACGGAGCUGGUGCUCAGGAAGUUCUUGGCUUACCGGACUCCCGGCCCGCUGAUGAUGCCGAAGAGCGGGUGGGGUUCGCCGGACGACGAGGUGCCAUUGCCGAGCUGGAUCACCGAGGACGACAUCAAGUACUACACAAGCAUGUUCGACAAGACUGGUUUCACCGGAGGACUGAACUACUACCGCGCCCUCAACAAGACAUGGGAGCUCACAGCACCCUGGACAGGAGCUCAGAUAAAGGUACCAGCAAAGUUCAUUGUUGGGGACCUGGAUUUGACAUACCAUACUCCAGGCAUACAGGAUUUUAUUCACAAAGGUGGCUUCAAGAAAUACGUGCCACUACUGGAUGAUGUGGUGGUCAUGGAAGGUGUCGGCCACUUCAUCAAUGAAGAGAAACCAGAGGAAGUUAGUGAGCAUAUAAUCAGCUUCAUAAGCAAGUUCUCAGCUGAAAAGUGAUCACCAACCAUGAAAUUUAGGGGAUGAAAUAAAAGGGUGGAGAAAUCGGUGCCCCCGCUAUGAUUGUUCAGUCACCUUGAUUGUAAGUUCACAUGCAUAUGUUUCAGUGUAUGAUUUUAGUACAUGUUUGGUUGCAUUCGAAGUGUCUCUCUCUGGUUGGAAUUGUACACAUCUUCAAGUUAAUAAUUGUCUUGUGAAGUA